UUCCUCCGCGCCGGAAGAACGCGGCGUCUUUUUUCCGCUUUUUCCCUCUGUCCAAUAUUACUCUGAUUCCUUGUAGCUCUCCCCCGUCUUUCCCAAAGUUGGGGUGGGUGGAUUAGAGUGCCCUCUAGGUGGGCGAGGGCGAAACCCCCCAUACCACGGAGGAGAUGAGCACUGCGAGUAAGAGGCCUUUAAGGGAGCGGUGGAAGGAUCCACAUCUCUCUCCGUCCGCAGUUGGCGGAGGGAUCUGACAUCGCUUCAACUUCCGGGAGCGUCCGUGGGGGCUCGAGAGGAAAAAGGCCCUAAAGAAACAAUAACAAACAGGAGGAGGAGGAGGAAGUGCUACGACUCCAUCUGGCCGACGCGGUCUUGCCGGACUAUGAGCUUCAUUCUCUGCUGGGGAACCUGAAAGGACCCGCCUGGGCUCCUGCUGCCCCGUUUUCCCUGACUCCUCUCCUCGCCCACAUCCCGGGGUGGAGGUCUCCUCAGUGUGGCCAUGGCGGGCGCUGGGCCGGGGGGCUACGCUGCAGAGUUCGUGCCGCCCCCGGAGUGCCCAGUCUUUGAGCCUAGCUGGGAGGAGUUCACCGACCCGCUCAGCUUUAUCGGACGAAUCCGGCCCCUGGCCGAGAAAACCGGAAUUUGCAAGAUCCGACCUCCCAAGGACUGGCAGCCUCCAUUUGCAUGUGAAGUAAAAAGCUUUCGUUUCACUCCUCGAGUCCAGCGUUUAAAUGAACUUGAAGCAAUGACCAGGGUGAGACUGGACUUCUUAGAUCAACUAGCAAAAUUCUGGGAACUUCAGGGAUCUACUUUGAAAAUACCUGUGGUAGAGAGAAAAAUCCUUGAUCUGUAUGCUUUAAGCAAGAUUGUUGCCAGCAAAGGAGGCUUUGAAAUGGUCACAAAAGAGAAGAAGUGGUCUAAAGUGGGAAGUCGAUUAGGCUAUCUGCCUGGGAAAGGAACUGGGUCCCUGUUGAAGUCUCAUUAUGAAAGGAUCCUUUACCCUUAUGAACUUUUUCAGUCUGGAGUCAGCCUUAUGGGUGUCCAAAUGCCCAACUUGGAUAUUAAGGAAAAAGUGGAGGUUGAGGUCCUCAGCACUGAUGCCCAGGCUUCCCCAGAGCAGGGCACAAGAAUGAAUAUUCUACCGAAGAGAACCAGGCGCAUAAAAUCUCAGGCAGAGACUGGAGAAGUAAGUAGAAACACCGAAUUGAAGAAACUUCAGAUCUUUGGAGCUGGGCCUAAGAUGAUGGGCCUGGCAAUAGGAGCAAAGGAUAAAGAAGAUGAGGUCUCUCGAAGACGUAAAGGUACAAGGUCAGAAGCAUUUAAUAUGCAAAUGAGACAACGGAAAGGGACUCUUUCUGUUAAUUUUGUGGAUCUCUAUGUUUGCAUGUUUUGUGGGCGAGGAAACAAUGAAGACAAGUUACUCUUGUGUGAUGGAUGUGAUGACAGCUACCAUACAUUUUGCUUGAUUCCCCCUCUACCUGAUGUGCCCAAAGGAGACUGGAGGUGUCCUAAAUGUGUUGCUGAGGAAUGUAACAAACCUCGAGAGGCCUUUGGGUUUGAGCAAGCAGUCCGAGAAUAUACCCUUCAGAGCUUUGGAGAGAUGGCAGAUAACUUUAAAUCAGAUUACUUCAACAUGCCAGUCCAUAUGGUGCCCACAGAACUGGUAGAGAAGGAAUUCUGGAGACUGGUGAGCACUAUUGAAGAAGAUGUCAUUGUGGAGUAUGGAGCUGAUAUCUCUUCGAAGGAUUUUGGAAGUGGGUUUCCUGUAAAGGAUGGUCGGAGAAAGAUGAUGCCAGAAGAGGAGGAGUAUGCCCUUUCUGGCUGGAAUCUGAAUAACAUGCCUGUCCUGGAGCAGUCUGUUCUUGCACAUAUCAACGUGGAUAUCUCUGGUAUGAAGGUGCCUUGGCUCUAUGUGGGCAUGUGCUUCUCUUCAUUUUGCUGGCACAUCGAGGAUCACUGGAGUUAUUCUAUCAACUAUCUACACUGGGGGGAGCCAAAGACAUGGUAUGGUGUCCCAUCUCAUGCUGCAGAACAACUGGAGGAAGUGAUGAGGGAGCUGGCCCCUGAACUGUUUGAGUCUCAACCUGAUCUCCUCCAUCAGUUAGUCACCAUCAUGAAUCCUAAUGUAUUGAUGGAGCAUGGUGUACCUGUAUUCAGGACCAAUCAGUGUGCAGGAGAAUUUGUCGUGACAUUUCCUCGUGCCUAUCACUCUGGAUUUAACCAGGGCUACAAUUUCGCUGAAGCUGUGAACUUCUGCACUGCUGACUGGCUGCCUAUUGGACGUCAGUGUGUGAAUCAUUAUCGACGACUAAGGCGUCACUGUGUGUUCUCACAUGAGGAACUUAUCUUCAAGAUGGCUGCAGAUCCAGAGUGCCUCGAUGUAGGGCUUGCUGCUAUGGUCUGCAAAGAAAUGACCCUUAUGACUGAAGAGGAGACUCGGCUGAGGGAAUCUGUUAUACAAAUGGGUGUACUAUUAUCUGAAGAAGAGGUGUUUGAGCUUGUUCCGGAUGAUGAACGACAGUGUUCAGCUUGCAGAACGACAUGCUUUCUCUCUGCUCUUACUUGUUCUUGUAACCCUGAUCGGCUUGUGUGUCUCUACCAUCCAGCUGACUUGUGCCCUUGCCCCAUGCAGAAGAAAUGUCUUAGGUACCGGUAUCCAUUGGAAGACCUUCCUUCUCUCUUAUAUGGUGUUAAAGUCAGAGCACAGUCCUAUGACACUUGGGUCAGUCGAGUAACAGAGGCAUUAUCUGCCAGCCUCAACCAUAAGAAAGAUGUGAUUGAAUUGAGAGUGAUGUUGGAAGAUGCUGAAGACAGGAAGUAUCCAGAGAAUGAUCUCUUUAGAAAACUCAGGGAUGCUGUGAAGGAAGCUGAAACUUGUGCUUCAGUGGCUCAGCUACUUUUGAGCAAAAAACAGAAACACAGCAGACAGAGCCCAGAGAGUGGGAAGACUAGGACCAAAUUGACUAUGGAAGAACUCAAGGCCUUUGUCCAGCAACUUUUUAGCCUUCCAUGUGUCAUCAGCCAGGCUCGACAAGUCAAGAAUCUACUGGAUGAUGUGGAAGAAUUUCAUGAACGGGCUCAAGAGGCUAUGAUGGAUGAAACCCCAGACUCUUCCAAACUUCAGAUGUUGAUAGACAUGGGUUCUAGUCUCUAUGUAGAAUUACCUGAACUGCCCCGGCUGAAGCAAGAGCUGCAACAGGCCCGGUGGCUGGAUGAAGUGAGGUUGACACUUUCAGAUCCACAACGUGUCACUUUGGAUGUCAUGAAAAAGCUAAUAGACUCUGGGGUGGGGUUGGCACCUCACCAUGCUGUGGAGAAAGCUAUGGCUGAACUUCAGGAGCUCCUUACAGUUUCAGAGAGAUGGGAAGAGAAGGCUAAAGUUUGCUUACAGGCUCGACCUCGUCACAGCAUGUCAAGCCUGGAGAGUAUUGUUAAUGAAGCCAAGAAUAUCCCAGCCUUCCUACCCAAUGUUUUAGCCCUGAGAGAAGCCUUGCAAAGAGCUAGAGAAUGGACAGCAAAAGUGGAAGCUAUUCAGAAUGGUAGCAACUAUGCUUACCUCGAGCAGCUGGAAAGCUUGUCUGCCAAAGGACGUCCUAUCCCAGUACGACUUGAUGCACUGCCCCAAGUGGAGUCACAGGUAGCAGCAGCACGAGCAUGGAGGGAACGGACAGGAAGAACCUUUCUUAAGAAGAAUUCCAGCCACACACUAUUACAGGUACUAAGUCCUCGGACUGAUAUUGGUGUAUAUGGAAGCAGUAAGAACCGAAGGAAAAAAGUAAAAGAACUAAUGGAGAAAGAGAAAGAAAAAGACCUUGACCUUGAUCCCCUGAGUGAUCUGGAAGAGGGAUUGGAAGAAACCAGAGAUACAGCAGUGGUGGUGGCAGUUUUCAAAGAUCGGGAGCAGAAAGAAAUUGAAGCCAUGCAUUCUCUCCGAGCAGCAAACUUAGCCAAGAUUACCAUGGUAGAUCGAAUUGAAGAUGUGAAGUUCUGCAUCUGCCGCAAGACAGCAAGUGGGUUUAUGCUUCAGUGUGAGCUCUGCAAAGACUGGUUCCAUAGCAGCUGUGUGCCCCUUCCCAAAACAAGUUCCCAGAAAAAGGGAUCCAGCUGGCAGGCCAAAGAAGUAAAAUUCUUGUGCCCUCUUUGUAUGCGCUCCCGAAGGCCCCGACUAGAGACCAUCCUGUCUCUUCUAGUGUCCCUGCAGAAGUUGCCUGUACGACUGCCUGAAGGAGAGGCCCUUCAAUGCCUGACAGAACGUGCCAUGAGUUGGCAAGACAGAGCAAGGCAGGCUCUGGCCACAGAUGAACUCUCUUCUGCUCUAGCCAAACUUUCUGUGUUAAGCCAGCGUAUGGUAGAGCAGGCAGCCCGAGAGAAAACUGAAAAGAUCAUCAGUGCAGAACUCCAGAAAGCAGCAGCUAAUCCAGACUUACAGGGACACCUUCCUGGCUUCCAGCAGUCUGCUUUUAAUCGGGUGGUAAGCAGUGUGUCAUCCUCGCCUCGGCAAACCGUGGACUACGAUGAUGAGGAGACGGAUUCUGAUGAAGAUAUUCGAGAGACAUAUGGCUAUGAUAUAAAGGACACUGCCAGUGUAAAGUCUUCUAGUAGCCUGGAACCCAAUCUCUUUUGUGAUGAAGAAAUCCCCAUCAAAUCUGAGGAGGUGGUGACCCAUAUGUGGACAGCACCAUCAUUCUGUGCUGAGCAUGCAUAUUCAUCUGCUUCAAAAAGUUGCUCUCAAGGUUCUAGUACCCCAAGAAAACAACCCAGAAAGAGUCCUUUGGUACCACGAAGUUUGGAGUCUCCAGUGUUAGAGUUAUCAGCUGGUGCUAAAGCCCAAUUAGAGGAACUUAUGAUGGUUGGGGAUCUCCUAGAGGUUUCCUUGGAUGAGACUCAGCAUAUCUGGAGGAUUUUACAGGCCACACAUCCACCCUCUGAGGACAGAUUCCUACAUGUCAUGGAGGAUGACAGUAUGGAAGAGAAACCAUUGAGAAUAAAAGGAAAGGACUCUUCUGAGAAGAAGCGAAAACGGAAGCUAGAAAAAGUUGAGCAGCUCUUUGGAGAAGGGAAGCAGAGGUCCAAGGAACUGAAGAAACUGGACAAACCAAAAAAGAAGAAAUUGAAGAUGAAUGUAGAUAAGUCAAAGGAGCUGAACAAAUUGGCCAAGAAACUGGCAAAGGAAGAGGAAAGAAAGAAGAAGAGGGAGAAGGCCGCUGCAGCCAAGGUUGAACUUGUAAAGGAAAAUACUGAGAAGAAGAGGGAGAAGAAGGUGCUAGACAUCCCCUCAAAGUAUGAUUGGUCAGGAGCGGAGGAGUCAGAUGAUGAGAAUGCAGUUUGUGCAGCACAGAAUUGUCAGAGGCCUUGUAAGGACAAGCCCUCUCAAUCUUAUCUCCUACAGGUAGACUGGGUACAGUGUGAUGGUGGCUGCGAUGAGUGGUUUCAUCAAGUCUGUGUGGGUGUUUCUCCAGAAAUGGCAGAAAAUGAAGAUUACAUCUGUAUAAACUGUGCAAAGAAGCAGGGGCCAAGUAGCCCAGGACAGGCACAACCUCCUUCUUUCAUAAUGAGCUACAAGCUACCAGUGGAGGAACUGAAGGAGGCCAGCUAGCAGAAGCUUGGUUAGUUUAGAAACAUGAGGGAAAUGGACCACACUGAGACCCUUUUCAUCAAGGGAGGGUGGUUUGGAUCUACUCAGAGUUGUUGCUUCCAAAGAUGAAUGGCCUACAGCAGAGAAAGCCCUCUUCGCUUUUUCUAUGCAGUGGGACUGUGUGAGCCACAUACUGUACCAGCCCAUCUAUGCAGAGAUGUCUUCUUUGGUAUUCCAGCCAUUAUCUUAACUGAAGUGUUUCUCAUGAGUGUGGUGUCCUGCAUUGUGUUCAGAGACUUGAUUGAGCAGUAGAGUGGCUAAUACAGCUGGGGUGUGGAGUUGGCUUGGGGCCUAUAGGCAUUAGCUAGAGUUUCACAAAGGCAGCACUAUUUGUAGGCAUGUGUGGAACCAGAGUGCCUUGGGCCUGCCUGAAUGUGACAGCAAGUGAGCAGUCAGAAUACCUUAGUCCCCUUCCACUGUUUCUAAGUAUUCUAUAUUCUACAGCUAUUGAAGGGAGGGCAGAUCUGCAGAUUGUUAGAAGUCAGAUGGAAAAGCAGCAUAUUGCAAACAUCAGUUCCUAGUGCUUGUUUGUACCAAAAAAAGAAAACCUGGAGCUUCCCUUCAGCUGGGGCAAACCCCCCGAAUGUGGAGAAUGCCAUCUCAAUUCAGAUGUUUGGUUAGGCUGGAGCUUGGAAAGAAGAGCAUUUCUUAUUUCCUCCAAGAGCAACAGCUUCUCUUAUAGAGACUGGCUUUGAGGAUUCUCAGUACCCUGGGCCUACGUGUUGGAGAGGAACAACUACAUGGACCCAGGAUUCUACACAAAGAAAAAGAAAAAGGGCCAGAUGAGUUGUCUUGCAGAGCCACAAUGAUGCAUGCUUUGGGGAUAACAUCCUUUUACAAGUAUUCCUGUUACCACCAGGCUUUAGGCAUGAUCAUAAGCAAGACCACCAUAUAACUGCUCACCUUGUAGUCCUGACCCCUAAUCUCCUGUUCCAAACACUGGCUAUUUCAGAUUCUGGCCCAGAAGCAGCAACACAUGAUGCUGAGUCAUACCCUGGCUUCGACAGAAGAUGUAGGAUUAUGGUACCUCUAGGUGAUGAGGUCAUUUUAGUCAAUCCAUUUUUAAAGAAAAGAACUUGUUUUUACUUUUUUCUAAAUGUCUCUGACUACUGACUGUUCUAUAAAUAGAUUAUUUUUCCUUUUUUUAAUAUACAUAUAUAAAUAUAUAUUUACCACUAUUACCAGCAGCAUACAUACAGACAGUUUUCCACCAUCAAAAACCCAUUUGGGGGCUUGUUUUUUGUUUUUGUUUUUUGCUUCUUAAAAAGGACUUUCAUUCCUUCCUUGUAGUACAAGGAGUUAGCAGUCACCUUUUCCCAAACUAGACUAACUAGACCUUCCAUCAUCUUGCCUGUGUUCAAAUAGGUAAUUACAUUUUCUUCAUGUGUUGGGAUUUGUCCCUGUCUUUGGGGAAGUGCUGGUCUCACUUUAGUCUAUGCUGUUUUGUAUGUGAAUGUCUGAAGCUGGCCAGGGUGCUUUCCCCUCCCACUAUGUUUUCAUUUCUUGUACAGAUGAUAGGUGAGUUGUAGAGCAGAGUCUACUUAGAAAAUGAGCUGAGAUUUAACAAAACAAAAAAAUCCUUACUAAAAAUAGUGUUUUGUCUUUGACUAUUCUGCGUCUCUUCUGUGUGUUCUAAAAGUAAUGAUCUUUGACAUUUCAGCAGUUGAACUAAAAGGUAUCUUGAAAAGGGCUAUAAACUCUUUUUUUACCUCAUUCUGUUUAAUAGGAAGCUAGUGGCUACUACUGUCCAGUUACCAUUUGAGUUAAUAUAACAAAAGAAAUAUCACAAAAUCUGGUUACCCUGAAGACAUUUUCCAUGGCAUGCCAUCUUUCCUAGUAAUUUCUCCCUUAACACUACCAUAUUUUUAUUCUUGUGAAUUAAUAGCAGUUCCUGUUUUGAGGUUUUAUCAAUCCUAAAUAAGGAAAACAUAGUUGUGGUUCAAGAUUUAAUAGAUGGAUAUUUUAUUUUUUACAAUUUUUUAUUAUGAACUUAAUAAUCAUCAACAUAUAGAUAUUUUACAUUCAAUUCAUGCAUGAACUGUACAAAUUUUGUCCCUGUCCCCUCCCCCCUUCAUAUAGGCUGUCAAUCUCCUGUUACAAAGAUAGAGAGGAAUAAAUAAAAUAUUUUGUGAUUAAUUGUUGAUAAUGCAGACAAGAAUAGAAAAUAAUUCUGAGAGUUGAGAACAUGAGAGAAAUCCUAACAAUUCCCAUUAUUAUGACCCUCUGUGUAAAAGUCAAAGAACUACUAUGACUGUAGAUAUCUCCAGGUUGGAUGAUGACUGCUUAGAGAUGCAAGUUUCUUCUGAUUUCUCUUGUUAUGCUCUCUAGAAUUUAGCUCUUUCAAGCAGGCCAUAAAAAUGUCUAGUAUGGUGUUUAUUGAAGUUUUGUGUUCUUUAAAAUGGCAAAUCAAGAAGAGUGGCUCUCUAGAAUGUGACUUCUGUCCCUUGGUAUACAUAUGUUGGGAAAUAUACCCUAGAAAAUUCACAGAACCAAGUAGCCUCCAGCAAUGUACUAAUAUAGACAUCACCUCACCUAAAAAUAUUUGAAAUUCAUCCUUCAUUUAGAACUAUGAGAUAACAAUUCAAGUAAAAUCUGAGAGCUUGUUUUGACUAGAUUACAGAUAGGGCCUUGAGUUAGGGAGGAUAAAAAUUAAUCUUAUUAUACCAAGCUCCAAUUUUUGGGAGGUGUAGAGGAAGUGAAAGCUAAAAGAUUUGUAUUCUACUAAGAAAUUACUCAUUGAUGUUACCACUUCAUUCCAUAGCAUUAUAUAUAUUUUGGUAUUGAAGCUUGAUUUUUAAAUGAUUGCUAACAGAAAAUGACAAUUCGUCAUAGUUGAGCUUUUGACGUGUUUAUUCCUUUUUAAAGGCAGAUCUCAUUGUAAAUCAUUUUGACAAAGGUUAUGGAAAGUGAUGAAAGGAAGUUUAAAAAUGAAAAGACGAAAAUAACAAACUGGUGCUUGAUAGAUCUGUCAGAUUGACAAGAUUUUAGUUGUUGCCUCAUUUCUUACUUUUGUACCUCAGAAAAUGUUUUGUUCAUUUAUUUAUUACACACUUUAGAUUUUAGAUAUAAAACAAUCCAUUUCAAAGGAUACUUCUAUAAAUUAUUAUCCUAACCAAGAAAUAAGUCUGAAUGGAUUAACUUGACAUUAGUCAGGGUCUCAUUCAUUCAACAAAGUUCAAGUAAUUACUAUGUGUGAACCUGGGGGUUUCAUGGACCUUAUACUUUAGUUGGUGAGAUCAGAAAUGUCAACAAAUCAUUAAUACAAAUAUAGAAGUUGCAUAUACAGUAAAAGGUAUAAAGGAAUACUGAGAAUUCAGAAAGAAAGAUCUCAUUUCAUAGCUGAAAUCUUAAUUUUGGGAAAUAAAGAAAAGAAAUUGGGAAUUGCUUUCCAAGGGAAGAUGAUUGGCUACUUUUUUUAAAGGGUUGGUGAAAUUGGAGUUUGAAGGCUGAAAGUUGUAUUAAGGUGAAAUUGUUAAAAACUUGGGUCAACUUUAUGACAUUUAAAAACUUGAUGCUGCAAGUUUUGUUGACUGCCAGAUUGACAGGGAAAAUGAUUGGUUUGGUUUAUUCUCUACUGUUCUAAUUAUUUUUUUUGUUCUUUUUUUGUUUCAACAAACUUUCGUGAUCAUCUGUUCUAUGCAAGAUAUUGUAGUAGGCACUAGGAUACAAAAAUAAGUCCCUUCUCAUUGGAAGUUUACAGCUUGGGGCUAGAAAGGAAGGCUGGGUAUUGUUAAAUUCUGAAUUAUGCCUUUGUUAUUUGUUGCUGAUGAGAAGCAAUGUGGAAUAAGGAUUGGGGGCUGGUUUUAGAAGCACAGGAUUCAAGUUCUGCCUCUAACGCAUCACUAACUAUGCGACAGGGCAAGUUUGCAACAUGAUUCUUCUGUAGCAGAUGAGUAGGGAGAGAUUUCAUUAGUAUGAGUUUCUCACACUGAUGAAAUCCCAUUCAGAAAAAAAUGUUGAUAUAAAAAAAUGGGCAGAACCGAACAUUUUAAGCCAAGAAUUAUAAUACUGCUUAUGUUUGGAGGCAGUGUGUUAUAAUGGAAUUAGGACCAAACUUGGAGUUAGUCCUGAAUUCCAGUUCUGCUUCUGAAUAUUAGCUUUUUUACUGGGGGCAAAUUACCACUUAGUGACUCAGGCAGCUUUCUAAAAUUAUAUGUUUCUGAUUUUCAUCAAUGAAUGAAAGUUUCUGUGUGAGAGAAUUCCUUACACCUAUUUCAAAUUAUAGGUUUAGAACAAAACACUAUUUUUUUACUAUCUAAACAUUCCUAAAAUGGAAUGUAGCCUAUAAAUAAUCCUUCAAAAGUUUCUUCCUAAUGAGCAGUGUUUGUCCCACUGCCUGCCCAUGGCACAUUUCUAGGGGUCCACAAAAUUUACUGCCAAAAAUCCUUACCAGGCACUUUUGCCUUGCUUCAAAAUAUCUAAAAUUUUAGCAUGUGGGUAUUCCCUGUACCAAUGCAAAUCACAUUUCCUUAACGCCUUAGGCGGAGGAAGAAUAGUGGGUGCAUUCCCUCCAUCUUCUUACUCCUCCUCAACCUUCCUUCCUUCCUUCUCAACUAUUUUCCUUUAGGUCUUACUCUUCUUCCCCUCACUCCCCCCCCCUCCCCCCAGCUCUGAAAUAGAGAAUUUAAAAUAUUUUAUCUAGCUGAAGUAUUCUUUGGAUUAGGAAAAUCUGUUGUAGGACAUUUUUCUAGAGAUUUAUUAUGUGCAAAUUACUUAAAUAUAAUAUUGGCUCUCAUUUAACAGGGCUAUAAGGUGCCUUAUGAUAAGUAUGACUUAUUUCAUCAUUUGGGUCAUCUGAGCAAAGCGAUUUUACUUUUUGUUUCCUGAGGGGGGGGAAAUGGUGUUAGAGAAUAUUAAUUAUUACACUUAAAAGCCAAAAGAAAAUAAAGCAUUCGUGUUCUCUAUUCUCAUCCAGGCUGGAGGAGAGAUGGGUUAGAAACUAUUGUACAUAUUGAAUAGGAGUUCCCAAACACAUUUCAUUUACUCUGACAAGGAGAGAUGUCAGAUACCUGAUGGUAUCAACAGCUGAGACCAUAAUGAGAACAGCCUUCAGAAAUGCGAUGGAUUUGGUACCUAAAGAGGUCAGCUGUUCAUCUGGUAACAGAUAUAUUCAUGAUUCUGCCUAUGUUUCUUUGAAAUUUUGGCCUUUUGCAGUGAACCAAUACUAGUCAUAAACCUGGGGUGAGGGGAAUCUUCUGAAAUUUUUGUCUCCUUUCUCAAAUACCCAAGACUGAUUCGAACCCAAAAUUUCUUUAGGUAAAGAAAUUAUUUGGGUCCUCAUACAAGUCUGAAAGACAAAACAAUGGGACUGCUAAAGACUUUCUGAUUACAAGAGUGAAAAUAGACUCAACUAUUUUUAUAAAUUAAAAGUGAGGGAAUGCUUUUCUACUUGUAAUUGUGUGCCUGCAUUUUCUUAGGAUGGUAAUUUCUUCUUCUGAAAUUCCCUCGGGCAUUCCCUGGUAGUUGGUAUGUAUUGAGUUUCUAUGUGCCUACCACUAUGCUAGAUACUGUGGAGAAUACAUAAUAAGUCUCCUCCUUGAAGAACUUUGCUUUCUGAUUGAGAGAUGAGGUCCAUAUGCAUGAAACUAAUGGCAAACAAUACUAGGGGGUUGAUAAUCAAGUAAUAAAAUGCAUAAUGUAGACUAAAAUUGCCAUCGGAAUUCUUUUGACAUUUCUCCUGCAGAGAAGCAUUUGCUCAUUUUAAUUUAUUUUUAUCCUCUUGAUAGGGAGGAUUUUAAUCUCUGUAAUACUACUUGCUUAGUACAGUUCAUUGAGAGGCAACAUGGUAUAGUGGUUAUAGAAGCUGGCCUUUGUGAGUCCAGAAGACCUGGGUUCAGGUCCCUUUUUCUGACCUCAAGCAAGCUCGUCACUUAUUUUUCAGUGUUGCUGGGGAUUCUCUAAGGUGAAGCUGCAGAAUAGUUGCCAGUCUGCUUUGGUACUAAUGGAAAUGACUCCUCAAGAUCUCCCUAUGCUAAGGAAAUCACAGAUCUAGUUAAAAAAAAAAGCAGUUCAACACUGUUCUGAAUAGAUUGUAUCCUGCAAGUUCAAGACCAGCCUAGGGAAACUCUGUCAUUAUGUUGACUGUAGAAUGAUAAGGUUUUCCAGCCACAUCAAGUUAGACUCUUUAUUAAAUUAUAGAGGGAUUAAAAUUGGCUUCAUUAGAGGAAGGCCCUCCCCUGAUGAACUUACUGGUUUAAUGGCUAUGGUACCUUUUUUUAAGCUUUAGUUUCAGCCUCAGUUUCCUUGUUUGUAAAAGGUAUAAUAGCUGCACCUUUCUUAGGCUUCUUUUGGAGAUCAAAUGAGAUAAUGUGUAAAGUACUUUGCAACAUAAAAACACUAUGUAAGUGCUAGUUUAUUAUUACCAUUAGAUCCCACUGGGGACCCUUCUAACCUUUGGGAUGGUUGACUCUUAUUGUGUGUUGUGUUAUGUGGGAAGCUUCAAAAUGGUGAACAUUGUUUUCUAAAGCCCAAUUAAAUUGCUCAGGAAUGUAGAAUGGAGUGACAAAUUUCCCAUUUAUUAGGAAAACAUUUCGGAAGUGGCAGGUCUCCUUUACCCCAUGUAGAAUAUUGUUGCAUAAAGAACACCAAAAGAGUACUAGAUUCUAGUCCAGUGUGUAAUCUUUGGUAAGACAUUCAAUUUCUUAAGUCUGCUUAUCACUAUAGUGAGGUAAGUGGUCUAAAUGAUAAUUGUCAGGAAAUAUUGAGUACCUAAUAUGGUGUACUUAGGCCCUCAUAUAAAGUGUUAUGAGUACCAAAAGGGGUAAGAUUGAAGGCAUUAAAGGACUUUUCAUUUAGUUGAAAUUAUAAAUAAAUACACACACACACACACACACACACACAUAUAUACACAUACAUAUACGUGUAUGUGGAUAUGGAUAUAUAUGCAAUGAUUUUUAAAGGAGAUCUACCUAUAAAAUUCUGUGAUCUUGAACAAUACAUGUUGUUCUUUCAUACUUAAUCACUCAGUCAAUAUUAACUUCCUACUAUAUACCAGGCACUGUGUUAAGCUCUGGAGUUACAGAAAGAGGUAAAAAGAAAGGCCAUGCCCUCAAGAAGCUUAUAAUCGAAUGGGGUAGACAACAUGCAAAUUUAAGUAAAAACAUGCUCCUCUAUACAUGAGAAACAGGAAAUAACAGAGGGAAGGCGCUAGAAUUAAGAGGGGUUGGGGAAGACAUCCAGGACUAGCUCUCUCAUUUUGUAGGAAAGUACCAGAUCUAGUCUUCUCCCUACAUGUGAGAUUUUCAGCUUGCACAAGAUCAUAGUUUGAGAGAUGCAAAAGACUUCAGGACAUUUACAGAUGCAGAAGUUGGCCCAAAGAGAUUAACUAACUUGCCCAAGGUCAUACAGUAGAGCCCGUACUUCAAAGUGGACCCUCUGAUGCUAAAACCAGUAUUCUUUCCACUCUAUUAUGUUGCCUAAGGCUAGCCAUAGGUUAAAAAUAUAAAAAAGCCUGCCCUUGAUUGUUUGAUAACUAACUCUAGAAGGUAUUCUUUCUGAUCAGUCAGAGCCCUGAAGCCUAAAUUAGUAUUCUACAUUAGUAUCUACUCUCCUGUAUAACUGUCAUUGUCAGUGUGACAUUGCUAGUUUGAUUAUAGGGCUUAUGAGUCAUUCUGUUUCAUUCCUCCCAUUCACUUUACCUUAUUCAAAAUUGCCAUCCGCUGAGUUACUGUAAUGCUUGUUCUUUAUGAAUGUUUGGUUCAAAAAAUAGUAGGGAUGGAAGGGACCUCAAAUCUUCCUGUCCCUAGAAAUGGAUACCACUAAAACCGAUGCAGCAAAAAUAUUAGUGUUGACCUCCCGCUUUAAAAAUACGUAGGGAACUGUUUUUGUUCUCUCUGUGUUAUUGUAUGUUUCUUUUUGGUUUGUGAACUCUCAUUGACUUUCUUGCCAUCUGAUUAUUUUUCUCAAACUCAUCAGUUCCUAAUGUACUGUGUUACUCUAUUUCCCAAAAUUUUCCUUACUUUUUCUUCUGCCCGGAUUUGUUUCUUAUAGCAUUCCUACCCUCUUUUGUUUUUUAAAAUCUUCCCUGAUCUGCUCCUACUACCCGUGAUUCUUCAACACAAUUAAUUGGCCUACAUGCCUCAAGUCUACCCUGCCUUCAUAAAAGAAUACACAUGUAUCAAUGUAGCUAUGUUUAUAUAGACACAACACAUAAAUUGGCUCAUCUUUUUGUAGCACUUUAAAUUUUAUAAAAUGUGUUCCUCAUGUUUCUUGUGACUAAAUAUAAACAUGUAUAUAGAAGACGUUCAUAUGCAUCGUCAUACACAUACACCCACUGAGUAUGAAAUAUUUGUAAGAAAGCAAUGAAUGAUAAAUCUAGAGAAAGUCUGCUCUCCUUGAGUUGAAUAGUUUACAGUAAAAUAUUUUUCCUUCUCCCAACUUGAGUAUAAAGUUCUGUUCUAUUUAAAAACAUUGUUGUUUUCCAUUGACAUUUCCUCUCCUGCCCCAAUAGAUUCCCCCAUUGAAAUAAAAAAUACAGUUAAACAAAACAAAUCAAUAUAUUGGCCAUGUGUGACAACUUGUGCUUCAUUCCAUUCCUAUACUAUAUCACCUGUGGUGUGGCACCACAGAAAUUUCUUGGUAGUGUCAGAUGCAAUGCAAUUACUUUGGAUAUUGAUUUAUUGAGCUUGGUAUGCCAUACCUUUCCUGCUUUUCAGGAUCUCAAAACACCCCCUGCAUCCUUUUCAACCUACUGUGGCAUUUUGUUUUUUACAUUUCCUUUUGAAGCCGCCAACAUACAAUUUCUUUUCCCACCUCAUUCAAAUGUGGAGAUUUGAGCGUUUUUCUUUGGGAUGCAGUAUGAAAUUUGAUAUUUAUUCCUGAGAAUGGAUAAGAUGGGAAUUUAGCAGUUUGGUUUCCUCACAGAGUGUAAGAAGUAGCUAAAAGGACCCAAACCUCCUCAUCCUAGAAUUUGUGGAGUAUUCCUAUUCUGAAUGAAAAGAUCGGUAGACAUGCCCAUUGUGUUUCUAUUUUAUGAACUGGAUGAUUUCCAGUUAAUGGAAUUGGGACUAUUGGGUCUCAUUGGCAUGUUCUACAUAGAACAUGUAAUUGUUCUAGUCCCAGAAACCUACUCACUAGCAGACAUCCCUGUCUCCACUAAUCUAGUGCCAAUGGCUUUACUGUUAUAGGUUCUAGGGGUUAAUUAGCAUUGAAUGUCUUCAGGAUUUUAGAUCAUUUUGUCUAUCUCUGCUAUCAGGCAGGAUUCUACCUAACCCAUUCCUAAAAGAUACUGCCUAUUUUACUGGAAAGCAUUUGAAAUUUGCUGCAUGUAAAUAAGCUGGUACUGUCCCACUUUUCUCUAGUUAAUAUCACCAAAUAAUUCGUUGUACAAUAAAUCUUUGUUGGCUGACUGAACAAA